AUGUCAGUCAAAUUCUCAGCGGAAGAAGUGCCGCAAGUGUCGAGUGAGAUCUCUGAUGAACUCCAGCAGCGCUAUACCAAUUGGAAGAAGAACACAAAACUAUUAUAUGAUUACCUGAACACUAAUUCCACCAAAUGGCCAUCCUUGACAUGCCAGUUCAUGCCGGACUUGGAGGUACCUACCGAUAAACAUAGAUUGCUGUUGUCCUCAUUUACGUCCUCCCAGUUACCAGAGGAUGAGGCAGUGUACAUUAGCGAAUUAUCCACCAUGCGGCACGUUCCCUGGAGCUCAUUAAACAAUUUCGAUAUGGACGAGAUGGAGUUCAAGGUAGAUAACCAGGCAAAACUACCCAACAAAAAUCUCGUUGAGACAGUAAGGAUCCAAUUUCCAAGUGGCGAUUGCAACAGGGCGUGCUAUAUGCCUCAGAACCCAGAUAUUAUCGGGGCAAUAGCUUCUACCGGAGCAGUGAACAUAUUCGACAGAACCAAGCACGGUACUAACCGUCCGAAAUUGCUUGGUUCUGCUGCAAGCUACGAGAUUCAAUUAAACGAGCCAGAAUCCUUAGGAGAUGCGGACAGCGCUGAGGCACUGUCACUGGCAUGGAACUGGCAAAAAGCUGGGAUCAUAGCCUCCUCCUAUAGCAACGGUCUAAUCAAAGUGUGGGAUAUCACGCGAUACCAGAAAAGCCAGCCAACCAUUUCUAACCCGGAACUGCGCAUAUUGCAGGACAAGGCAGGUACAAACGAUGUAUCGUGGAUGGUACAUCACUCUUCUAUCUUGGCUGCCUGUGGGGAAAGUAAUACAAUUGGCCUGCUCGAUACACGUGCUCCUGACGCCUUCAAGCCUACGAAAGCGUCCCCCCACACAGGUGGGAUUAAUGCGCUGCAGUUCAACUACGCGAAUGACAUGCUACUUUGCGCAGCUGAUUCGAAUGGUGGUAUUGCUCUAUGGGACUGCAGGGCCUUCUCCAAACCACUAUCAGUCUUUAACCACGGUGACUCCGUAUCAGCGCUGCAGUGGAAUCCUAACCUCCCCACUAUUGUAGCUACUGCAGGUCAAGGCGAUGGCCUAAUUAAGAUCUGGGACACCUCCCGGGAACCCGAGGAUUCACUACUUUUUGUUCAUGGCGGGCAUAUGCUCGGCGUGAAUGACAUCGCAUGGAACUACCAUGAUCCUUGGCUGAUGUGCAGCGUGGCAAACGAUAAUUCAGUUCACGUAUGGAAGCCAGCAGCUAACUUAGUGCAGGCUAAGUAG